UUCUCUUUGUUCACACUGAGACUCAAACUUUUGCAAAAAACUCUGUUGAGCUGGUAAAGUUUCUAACUUUGGGAUCAGCAUUUUGAGGGGUAGGACACAAAUGUUGGAACCCAGAUUGGGUGGUGUCCUUUUUGUGUGGCUUGUGUGUUGGAGCAUGGCUCCAAUGGUGGAAUCAGCCAUAGGGGUCAAUUGGGGCACCAUUUCUUUCCACAGGCUGAAGCCAUCAACGGUUGUUGAUCUGCUGAGAGGUAACAAGAUCCAAAAAGUGAAGCUUUUUGAGGCUGACUCUGAUGUACUAAAGGCACUCAUGGGUAGUGGCAUUCAGGUCAUGGUUGGGAUCCCCAAUGAGAUGUUGCCACUCUUGAGUUCCUCACCUUCUGCUUCUGAUUUGUGGGUUCGCCAGAAUGUUUCUGCUUACGCUGGUAAAAAUGGUGCUGAUAUCAGGUACAUUGCUGUUGGAAAUGAGCCCUUCCUUUCGAGUUAUAAUGGUCAAUUUGAUAACUUGGUCAUGCCUGCGAUACUCAAUAUACAACAGUCCUUAGUCAAAGCAAAUCUUGCUGGUUAUGUAAAGCUAGUUGUCCCUUGCAAUGCAGAUGCCUAUGAGUCCGCGGCACUGCCAUCCCAAGGGGCAUUCCGACCUGAACUGACCCAAAUUAUGACUCAACUGGUUCAGUUCCUCAACUCAAAUGGUUCCCCAUUUAUUGUUAAUAUCUACCCAUUUCUAAGCCUUUAUGACAACACGGAUUUCCCCCAAGAAUACGCAUUCUUUGAGGGAACUACUCAUCCUGUCACAGAUGGCUCCAAUGUUUACACCAAUGCAUUUGAUGGAAACUAUGACACUUUAGUUGCAGCCCUCAGUAAACUUGGAUAUGGCCAGAUGCCAAUAGUUAUUGGGGAAAUCGGUUGGCCCUCAGAUGGAGCCAUUGGUGCAAAUAUCACUGCUGCAAGGGUUUUCAAUCAAGGCCUUAUCAAUCACAUUGCAAGUAACAAAGGGACCCCCCUGAGGCCAGGUACUCCUCCUAUGGAUGUUUAUCUAUUCAGUCUGCUUGAUGAAGGAGCGAAGAGCGUACUUCCAGGAAACUUUGAAAGACACUGGGGGAUAUUCUCUUUUGAUGGACAGGCUAAGUAUCCAUUAAACCUUGGACUUGGAAACAAGGAAUUGAGAAAUGCAAAGAAUGUUCAGUAUCUCCCAUCUAGAUGGUGUGUGGCAAACCCCUCCAGUGAUUUGACUAAUGUAGUAAACCAUAUGAGACUUGCCUGUAGUGUUGCAGACUGCACCACCCUUAACUAUGGGGGUUCAUGUAAUGAAAUUGGUGAGAAGGGUAAUAUAUCAUAUGCUUUUAACAGUUACUAUCAGCUACAAAUGCAAGAUUCAAGAAGCUGCGAUUUUGAUGGGCUUGGUAUGGUUACUUUCCUAGACCCUUCAGUUGGUGAUUGUCGUUUUCUUGUGGGCGUUACAGAUAAAAACUCGAAUUCAUCUACAUCUCAAACAACAUAUCAGUGGUGGGUUCUAGUAUUAUUUCUGAUUUUACAUUGGACUUUUUUGCUUUCGAUGUGAUUAAGAGGUUUCAUAAGUGGGUUUUUUCAUGGUCCCCUCUUCUGAGACUGUUAAAACUAGAAUAGCUGAUAUACUAUUUAAGCUUAGAAAUAUUCAAAAGAUUCCAGCACAUGAUUAAGUCAUUGUAUCAUAUAAGAGACGUUUUAGACACUAUCACUAUGUAUUG